CAUGGUUGACAUCAUCUGACUGAUCACAAUCGAAUAAGUCCAUAAUAAUCAAAAUUUCUGUAGCAUGUCUUAAAAUUCUCAGUAAAGUUAUUUGUAAUCAUAAAGCAAGGAUCAAGCUAUCCCUAUCUUAGAAUGGAUGGAUGUUUCAAACGGCCACGAAAAAGAAAAACUGAAAAUUGUGGAAAAUAUAGAGACCUUAUAUUUCGUUUACAAUCAGCAAAAAGCAAACUAUCACCCAUAGUGGACGAAAUUGUUGUGUCAGCGUUAGAUUUAAUGCAAAAAGACGAUGAUCAUUUCGUGAGUGAAUGCACUCUCACUCCAAACCAAUAUCAAGAUGUAAUUUGGGCCUCUCAGAUGUUACGAGAGAUAGAAUAUGAUAGAAUGACCCAUAAAAACUAUUACUUACCCAAUACUCAUUUAAUAGUGAACCAUGUAAGUGUGGAAAACGUCCAAAACAAUAAGGAUAAGUCCGUCGUUAUAGAUGAAGCAACAGUAGUAGAACUAUUGCAGCUUUACGAUCAAAUGGGUGUUAUUAUACAAAGAAUGUUGAAUAGCGAACCAACCGUUGCUUCGGAUAUUGCUAUAAAUUCCAAAAUGUCUCAGAUAUCAACUAAUGAAAGUCGAUCAGAAUGUCGAUGUGAUACUACUAUGCCCGCAUCUACGACUACCACGGAAUAUAAUGAAGUCGAUUCUUUAACUUCAGAAAAAAGUGCACUAAAGCCUUGUAUCAAAUCGACAUGCCCGGCUUUCAAAAAGAGUUCUUCUGGCAAAGAAAGUUCUGAGGCCUCAGAAAGAAAAAGUGUAUCCAUAAAUGAGUAUGUAGACACUAAAGUUUGCGAUGAUCCUACCAUCUACAUCAAAAUUCAGUGCUGUACUGAUUGCUCAGAAACUGGAGAAACUGAAAUGAAUCCAAAAACUAGUCAAAUUAAAUGCUCUUCUAACAUUUGCGAAUCUCACUGCCACAUUAAACUGGAUGGAGAACCAGUCACUUUGAAAAUUAAUCAGUGCAAUGGUAAUGAAGACCCACUUUAUUGUAUAAACGCCCGAAGCGACGAUGACGACGACAUAAAAAUUGUGAUAAAACAGUGUCCCGAUUGUAAAUCAACUGUUAUCGGUUCCUCUACAAAAAUCGAAAACACUCCAGAUUCACACGAGUCGAUUACAAUCCAUGGAACACUAGAAGUUGAUGAAACAAAUAUGGAAUAUUCGUCUUCUGACGAUUCUAGUAAACCAACAGCGACAGGUAAAGAAUGCCAAUGCAAAGAACAAAAAUUGUGUAUAGAUCUCGCCAAGCUUAAAGAGUUAAUGAAAUGUUCAUGUGAUGAACCCAAAUCUCCAAAAAUGGAUGUGAUUAUUGAUUCAGACAAUGUAGAAAAAUCGGAAGUUAAAGUUGUACCAUUGAUGAGACGACGAGUUUGUUCGUCAAUGGAAUUCGAUGUUUCAACUGUUCAAACCCGACUCCGAGAAAAGGAAAUUGAGCACAAGAACGCUCACAUUGUUUUAGAGUUAAAACAACUAGGAGUUGAUCAAAUUUUAAGAGCCAGCAAACCAGCCAAAUGCUGUCGCAAAGCCAUUCUCAACGAAAGACAAAGAACAGCAUUACCUUACUGUGUUAGCUUGAGAUCAUUGCCACUUAUGGGCAACGACGCUGAAGUCAUCAAACAAUCAGUUGACAUGAGUGUUAGAAAAAUAAAAAAUGCGAUUGACCUUAACCAAGCUUAUAAAGACAAACUGGCGUAUUAUGUCAAUUUGGGAAAAGAUGAUUUCAAACAUAAUCAAACACCAUGGGUGGUGCCACUCUACGAAAUGGAUUUAACCAAAAGUGAGAGUGCAAUUUACGAAAAAGGCCGAUUUUACGUGUUGAAGAAAGAAGAAAUAGUUUCUAAGCAAGUGGAGUCUGCGGCUACAUUACUACGAAUCGAUAGUAAACUCCGACGGAAGGAUUCAUUUAGAGCAAAAGAUUUAAGUUACACUACCAAAAAUCGAUGCUUUGUUUUAAGAAAACCAAAUUUGAGUCGAAGAAUAGAAUGGAAUGAAUCAAGGUCUUCAGUUUUGAGCAGGAGAAUUAAGAGAAAGCGUAUAAAAAGACGUAUGGAAUUAAAAUUCAGAAACUGUAUACCAAAAAAAAGACGAAUUUGGAGAACUAAUAUUGAUAAAUUUGUUUUUCCCCACCACAAAGAACUUGAAUUUAAAUCCGUUGAUAUGCAUUUUCAUGAAACUGAAACUACUGAAAUAAGUAGAUUUCCUUCUUUUGCUAAAUGUUUCAAUAGUGAAUCAGAUAUUGCCCAUUUGAAUGCUUUCCCCUGUUUUAACAUUUGCAAUUUUGACAAUAAGCACAAAAACUCUUCAAAACCAAUUUUUUUUAAAAAUAAUGGGAUUGGAGAUUGUUCUUUAAGCAGGUUGAUGGAUUUUUAUUUCAUAAAUAAACCCAAAAAAUUUAAAAAACGUUUCUCAAAAAUAUUUCACAAGAAAAAUCAUACGAGUCCUACAUUGCCAACUGCAUCGCGAAAUCGCAAUACAAAGAAAACUAUAUUUGAUGCUCCUAAUACGCUUACAUAUUUUGUUGAAAAAACAAAUAGUGAAGAACAUUUUGAUCAUAAAUCAAAUUUUAUCCCACAGUUAGAAAAAAAGAAAUUAAAUGGUGUCGGUAGAUUUAAAGCUGCGAACAAUAAGAAAAAAACAGUUUUAGAAUACUACGUGAGUUUAGUAAAGGGUGAUCUAGUUUGGAGUAACACACUUCCACUAGUUCCACCAGACUAUAAUGCCUUUUACAAUCAUGCAAGUGAACAUAAAAAAGUUCCUAUAGAAGAACCUAUGAUAGCUACUCGAGUUUCGCGCGAAGAAUCAAGCCGAGAACCAACAAGAUCACCUUCAAGAAGCAGCAGGAGAAAUUCUGGUUCUGUUUCUAAACGCAGACGUAACACAUUAUCUCAAGUAGAUGUUACUCAAGAUAAUGCGCCUCCAAAAGCCGUUACGAUGUCUCCAGAACUACACCAAGUCCAUGAUGCACCAGAAUCAAUAGAUGAAUCUUGGUUCCCUCAUGUAGUCAGCGAAACUUCAUUGCCGAAAAUUUACGAGAAAUAUGAAAAGACAGAAGUCGAAAAAGUGGAAGCACAAAAAGUAGAGCCGAGAGAUGAUCCAGAAGAACCUGAAGAAUCUGCACAACCACAAGAACCACCAGAAACGCCAAAAAAAGUUAUAAGCAAAUGUUCGUCGAAACAAGUGUGUAUAAAACAUGAAUGUAAGGGUAGUUGCAAGACAAAGCCAUGUUCAUCGUCUACUCCUUCUUCUCCUUCUAAAAAGGCCGGUCCGGGAGAUAUUACGAUUGCUAUUAAAAAGAAACGAAACGGAAUAGUGGUCGAAGGAAUAGCACCAGUGACUUGCAAUAAGGAAGUUUGUGAAAUCUACAAAAACAAAAAUUUGGCACCCGCUGAUUCAGAAAAACAAAAAAAAGCAAGUUCGUCAGCGAAGUCCCCGAAAGAGAAAAGGUUUAAAGUUGUAGCGAAAGACAACGUAGAAAUAAUAAUAAAUAAUAACACAGUUUCUGUGGCAAAUAGCGAUAAAAAGAAAAAGUAAAGAGACGCAAGAAAUCUGUGUUCUCUGAUUGUGCGUACACGAUUUUAUGUCAUAAAUAAAUGUUUUUAAAAUUCA